AUGGAACGAAAGAAUAGCAGUGGAGAAAUAGCUCAUGAAGUUCUACCAUUAAUUAGAGUCUUCAAAGAUGGCAGAGUUGAAAGGUUAAUUGGAACAGAAGAAGUUGUUCCUCCAUCCAUUGAAGAUCCAAAAACUAGCGUUUCAUCAAAAGACGUUGUGAUCAUACCUGAAACGGGUGUUUCAGCGAGACUUUAUGUUCCAAAACUCAUUCAGAAGAAGAAACUUCCUCUUCUUGUUUAUUUUCAUGGAGGAGGAUUUUGCAUUGAAACAACGUUUUCUCCACAUUACCAUUAUUAUCUAAAUGAGGUGGUUUCACAAGCAAACGUUGUUGAUGUUUCUGUUGAUUAUAAAAGAGCACCGGAACACUAUGUUCCGAUCGCUUUCGACGAUUCAUAG